UUUUAUAUAAGACAUCUGUUUAUAGGGAGGAAAAAAACGAACUGUUUUUUCUGUUUUCGGUAUAUUUCUAUUUGGUUUUUAAAACAAGGUACGAUGCCGUGUUGUGGGCUACACGAAUUUGUUUUGUUUUUGUUUACGUUAGUACUUCUUUUGUUGUUGUUACGGUGUUGUUAGGGAAUAGUUUGUUUUUGUUGAUCGAAUCGAAAAAUCACUGAAUGUUAGUGUUUUUUAGUACUGUAUAUCAACGUUCAUAUCAGCUCUGGGAAAAAGCCAACCUUUUUUUUUUACCAAGUACAUUUCCCGUUAUAAUUUUAUGGGCAAUGCUUCAGCGAAGUUGUUACUGCGCAUGCUCUUGAUCAUAGAAGUUUAACCUCUUCAUGACAAAAGAUUUGUUUCUUGCAAAAAAAUGUAUUCUUUAUUGCGUUUUGCGCGAUGCCUAAAAUUUUGACCAAUCAUAAUGCUAAAUACCAUGACAUGGCGUGUUUUUUGGAAAUAACUGGAAACAAUAGAUGAAUUUCUUUAUGACGUAGUGUUUUUACUUUGCGUUGAGAACAAUAGGCAUCUUAAUUUUUUGCUAUUUUUUUUUUUUUUUUUGGUGAAAAUUAAUUCUUAUUUAGAUUAUCACAAGCUUAUUUUAUUAUGGUCCGGUUUUGCUUGCUGUAAUUUUUAAUUCAAUGAAUGAAACGAACUUUUUUUUUUGUAAGCAACCCGUUUAGGGGCUAGUAUAGCAAACCGUUCUUUAGUAAUUUGCGAAAUUAGAUUUAAUAUUGAGGUCUUUUAUUUGUAUUAAUUGUUCUAAUUUUCAUGUGUUCCCAGGGUUUAAUGUAUAUCAGAUUAAACCUUUUUUUAUCGUCCGAGAUUGAACAGUUUAUUUAAUUGAUCAUUUUUUUACAUUUUUACCUCUCAUUAAUUUAAUUAUGUUGUAUGUCGGUGCAAAUUACAACAUGUCAUAGUCACGUGGUAUGAAUGUAUUAAACGUCGUAGUUAAUAUGCCCAAAAUGGCGGAUCUUUUUACUCGAUGGGUGGCGGCGCUUCCAGUGUAGCUCCCGAAGAAUUCGAUAACACGAGACGUCAAAAAAGUUACUGUUGUGGCUGCUUUACUGUGAACAGAAAGUCCAGUCCUGAAGAUGACGAUCGAAGAACGUUGCGAGAAGAAGCUAAGUCGUGGUCAAACAACUUUGAAAGAAUGUUGAAACAUCCAGUUGGACAAAAAUCUUUCCAAGAAUUUCUACAAGGACAAUUUAGUGAUGAAAACUUAAGAUUUUGGAUUGAAGCAGAAAAAUAUUCCAAUUUGGAUGAUGAUAGCAGACAAAAGAAAGCAAAAACCUUGUAUGAUGAAUUUGUAUCCACUAUUUCACCGUGUGAGGUGAGUUUAGAUGCGAAACAUAAAAAUGAAAUAGAAUCAAACAUAAAAGAUGCUCCAAAAAAUUUAUUUAAAUCAGCACAAGGCUACAUAUAUAGCUUAAUGUACAGAGAUUGUUUCCCAAGAUUCCUUAAAUCAAAAUCAUAUCGGCGUCUAUGUAGAUAACUCCAGCCGGUGAAUGCAUUUGUCUUCUUUAGCAUACCAGACAUCCUGUUGAGAAUAUCCUAGAAUGUAGUGAGGUUUCUGUUAAGCUACGUUCACAUGCAAGAUAUAUGCAGUUUUAAUUUAUAAAGGUACAUUUAUACGGGAGUACGAACUUUAAAUGUAUAUUCGUGGUUGGUCAUAUCACGGCAGCGUUAAGAAAUGUAAUAUAUGUGAAUAAUGUGAGAUAAUUUUACGGCCAGUUUGUUGGUUUUUUAACAUGUGUAUGUAAGAACGUAUUCAACAGAGAAUUAUAUUCAAUAGAGAAUUAUAAGAACAUGUA